UGGCGCCGUUGCGUCCCGGGGCCUUCUUCUGACGCCUCGGUUGCGCAGGGGAAUGUGGACGCUUGCAGAAAUUUCAGUAUCGUUGCACAUGUGGAUCAUGGCAAAAGUACUUUAGCAGACAGGCUCCUGGAACUAACAGGGGCAAUUGAUAAAACAAAAAAUAAUAAACAAGUUCUUGAUAAAUUGCAAGUGGAACGAGAAAGAGGAAUCACUGUUAAAGCACAGACGGCAUCUCUCUUCCAUAACUGUGAAGGAAAGCGGUAUCUUUUAAAUCUUAUCGAUAUGCCGGGUCAUGCUGAUUUUAGUUAUGAAAUAUCCAGGUCACUCUCUGCUUGCCAAGGUGUUUUACUUGUGGUUGAUGCAAAUGAGGGUAUUCAAGCCCAAACAGUAGCGAACUUCUUUCUUGCCUUUGAAGCACAGCUAUCAAUAAUUCCAGUUAUAAAAGAUCUGAAGAAUGCUGAUCCUGAAAGGGUUGAAAAACAAAUUGAAAAGGUGUUUGAUAUUCCAGGUGAUGAAUGUAUUAAGAUUUCUGCUAAACUUGGAACAAAUGUUGAAAGUGUUCUUGAUGCAGUCAUCAAAAGGAUACCCUCUCCUAAAGCGCAUUGCAGAAAUCCCCUGAGAGCUUUGGUAUUUGACUCCACCUUUGACCAGUAUAAGGGUGUGAUUGCCAAUGUAGCAUUAUUUGAUGGAGUGGUUUCCAAAGGAGAUAAAAUUGUAUCUACACACACUCAAAAGACAUAUGAAGUUAAUGAUGUAGGAGUCCUGAAUCCUAAUGAGCAGCCAACUCAUAAACUAGUGUACCCUAUAGACCAAUCCGAAUAUAAUAACCUGAAGAGUGCUAUAGAAAAACUGAUACUAAAUGAUUCCAGUGUGACGGUUCACUGGGAUAGUAGCCUUGCUCUAGGUGCUGGCUGGAGGUUAGGAUUUCUUGGACUUUUGCAUAUGGAAGUUUUCAACCAGCGACUAGAACAAGAAUAUAAUGCUUCUGUUAUUUUGACAACCCCUACUGUUCCAUAUAAGGCUGUUCUUUCAUCAGCAAAAUUGAUAAAGGAAUACAGAGAAAAGGAAAUUACAAUCAUCAAUCCUGCACAGUUCCCUGAUAAGUCAAAAGUAACAGAAUAUUUGGAGCCAGUUGUUUUGGGCACCAUUAUCACACCAGAUGAAUAUACUGGGAAAAUAAUGAUACUUUGCCAGGCUUGAAGAGCAGUUCAGAAGAAUAUGAUGUUUAUUGAUCAAAAUAGAGUAAUGCUUAAAUAUCUCUUCCCUUUGAAUGAAAUUGUGGUGGAUUUUUAUGAUUCUUUGAAAUCUCUGUCUUCAGGAUAUGCUAGUUUUGAUUAUGAAGAUGCAGGCUACCAGACUGCAGAACUUGUAAAAAUGGAUAUUCUACUGAAUGGAAAUAUUGUAGAAGAGCUAGUAACUGUUGUACACAAAGAUAAAGCAUACUCUGUUGGCAAAGCCAUAUGUGAACGUCUGAAGGAUUCUCUUCCUAGGCAGGUGUUUGAGAGAGCAAUUCAAGCUGCUCUUGGAAGUAAAAUCAUUGCAAGAGAAACUGUGAAAGCCUAUAGGAAAAAUGUUUUGGCAACAUGUUAUGGUGGUGAUAUUACCCAAAAAAUGAAGCUUUUGAAGAGACAAGCAGAAGGAAAGAAAAAACUCAGGAAAGUUGGCAAUGUUGAAGUUCCAAAAGAUGCUUUUAUAAAAGUUCUGAAAACACAAACUGAUAAAUAAUUGGUGGGAAAAUAUAAGGAAUUUU